AUGGCGACGGGGGGCCGCCCCCAGGCGUACGGGCGGGGCGGCCCAGCACGCGCAGCACGCACGCAGCACCUGAAGGAGGCGGCCGAGAUGGGGGCGCCCGCGGCUCGCCGAGCUGCGCGGGCGCUGCGCCACCUCGCAGCAGAGGCCGCGGUGCGGGCUCACGCGAGGGCCCGCGGAGGCCCAGGCUCCUGGCAGGCCCGAGAAGCGGCGGCUCGGCCAGCCCUCCGCAAGGCCGCUGCUGGGCAACGGGUCGCUGGGGACGCUCGGAGGCGGCGCAACGCCGCUCCCCUCGCCGUGUGCUUCAAGGACUACGCCGUCGCUAUCGCGGAGGACGGCAGCGAGCAGCUGGAGCCUCUGGAGGGCAGUCUGGGGGCGUGCUUACGCAGGGAGCUCAGGCACCUGCGGAAACUGGGGCCAGCAGCGGUCCUUGGGGAGCCCAGACAGGGGCAGACCCUAAAGGAGGGCAACGGACCUUGGCGCGAGGCCGCAGACAUGCGGGUGGCCGAAGCCUUCGGCCAGGUCCUGCCUCCACCCUGGGCCGCGGAUGCGCGGGCCGCAGACGUGCGGGUGGGCGUUGCCCUCGACCGAGCUCAGCCUCCGCCCAGGGCCACGGACGCGUGGGCGGCGGCGGACGAGAGCCUCUGCAAGGACAGGCUGAAGGACCAGAAGGGUAAACGCAAGUUCGGCCUGGACCUGGACGAGGACGGGGGCUUCUUCGAGGGCGGGCUGGAGGCCCCGAAGGGCCAGCAUAAGCGCCAGGUCGGCCUGGGCCUGGGCGCGGGCGUGGGCGCGAGCGAGGACAGGCUGGAGUACGACGGCCAGGGCGGCGGCACAGGCUUCCUGUCUGCGCGCGAGCUCCUGGAGGCGGGGCCGCCGAAGAGCCACCUGCUCAGGCGGCAGUUUGCUUCCGCGAAGGCAAAUCCCGUAGCUGUAUGCAAGACGUCCAUGGGCACGUUUAAGGCCGAGCUUUAUCUUGACAAGAUGCCCGUCACCGCCUCCAAUUUCAUCGCGCUGGCGCAGGAGGGGUACUACGACGGCAUCCACUUUCACAGGGUUAUCCCGAACUUCAUGGCCCAGUUUGGUUGCCCCAACGCCAAGGACGCCACUUCCCCGCGGGCCGGCACCGGCGGACCUGCGCCCCAGACCAAGUACACGAACCUGGCGGACGGCAGCACCGUCACGCGCAACGCCGGCGGCUGCAUCCCCGACGAGCUGACCGAGAAGCUCUCCAACGAGCCCGGCACCCUCUCCAUGCGGGGGGCGCCGGCGGGGGGUUGA